AUGUGGCCACUAAUCUAUUGUAUGGUCAAAGAGGUUUUUGAUGGUUUCAAAGAUGAAACAGGGAAUUUCAAGGUAAGUUUAAGUUAAAAUACAGAGGGAAUGCUAGCUUUAUACCAAGCUUCAUAUUAUUUGAGACAAGGUGAAGAUAUUUUGGAGGAAGCGAAAGAUUUUGCAACCAAACAUCUCGAUGAAUACAUGCAAAGACAGAACAAGGAUCAUACUCUUUCCAAAUUGAUCAGCCAUGCCUUGGAGCUUCCACUGCACUAGAGGGUCCCGAGGUUUGAGACCAGGUGGUUCAUUGAAGUUUACGAGAAGAAACAAAGCAUGUAUCCCAUCUUGAUCGAGCUUGCUUAAUUGGAUUUCAACAAGCUACAAUCAAUAUACCAAGAAGAUAUGAAACAUGCUUUCAGGUGGUGGAAGCAUAGUGGGCAUCAGGAAAAAUUGAGCUAUGCAAGGGACAGAAUGAUGGAGAACUUCUUUUGAACAGUGGGAGUGACAUCGGAGCGUGGGCUUGGAUAUUGUAGGAGAAUGGUUUCAACUGUUACUGCAUUAGUUACACUAAUUGAUGACACAUAUGAUUUCUACGGCACACUGAUGAACUGGGAGCUGUUUACGGAAGCUGUUCGAAGGUGGGAUGUACAUGGAAUAGAUCAUCUACCAGAUUACAUGAAGCUGUGCUUCCUUGUUCUUCACAACACAAUGAAUCAGAUUGCCUUUGACGUGUUUAAGGUAGAGAGGAUCCACAUCAUCAAGUUCCUCAAAAAUAUGGUAUUAAUUGUUAUAUAUUUAUUUCUGACUUGUAUAUGCAUAUAAUAGUAAACUUGGUCAUUUCAAAUAAUUUUUUUUUUUUAAAUAAAAAAUUGUACCUUAAUCUCUUCUUUUAUUCUCUUACUAUAAAUUCUUUAACUAGUGGGCAGAUCUCUGUAAAGCUCAUUUACGAGAGGCAAAGUGGUAUUACAGUGGGUACAAAGUAAGCUUGGAAGAAUAUGUUGAAAAUGCAUGCAUUUCGAUAGCAGCACCGGUUGCACUGGCUCAUGUUCAUGUUCCAGCCACCAAUCCCAUAAGAGAGGCGGCCAUGAAGUCCAUGGAUAAGUACCCAGAGGUUGUCCAGUUGUCAGCAAUUCUCUUCAGACUUGCUGAUGGUCUAGGAAUAUAAUAUGUAAGCAAACAUGCUAGUAUAUAAUCUAUUUAUAAUCUAUUUGUACUCUUCCACACUUAGUACGGUUAAUUAAUUAACCGUCUUAUGUUUUCUAAAUUUUUUAGUAAUUUGAUUUCUUUUCUUCAGGUUGAAAUUCGAAGAGGUGGUGUUCCUAAAUCGAUUCAAUGCUACAUGAAUGAAACUGGUGCUUCUGAAACUGAGGCUAGGGAACACAUAAAGUUCUUGAUUAACACAUGGAAAAAGAAUAAUGGAUAUAGAAUAGAAACUUCGGGUUUUUCCAAGAUUUUUAUUGAAAGGGCAAUGCAACUUGCUAGGAC